AUGAGUUUCAAGAGGAUGCAACCAUCGCUGGCAAGGCUGGAUACUGCAGGUGUUGCUUCGUCCAACGAUGGACCCGUUAGCGCUUUCAGUACUGGCUCCGUUAAGCGUAAUUCAGUAUACAUUGUAAUUAAUGAAUAUACCAAGAGAAUGCAAGAUGAACUAGAUAUGAAACCCGGAGAUAAAAUACAGGUGAUUACGGACGAUGAAGAAUACAACGAUGGGUGGUAUUACGGUAGAAAUUUGAGAACCAACGAAGAAGGACUUUUUCCAGUGAUAUUUACACAAGAAAUGACAUUUAAUGCGAGACCAGGUAUCAUAAGGGCUAAAUCUAACAGGAGAGUGGGAUCUGCUGGCAAGGGGAACUCUAAUCUAUCGGUAAAUGGAUCAACCAGUGAACUUUCAACUCCUCAGGUAAUAGAAACAGCAGCGCCAAUAACGGUUGAACAGAAGCGGAAGCCGGUAGAUAGGCAAAUAUCUGUCAAAAGCACUAUGAGUGACAUAGAUAAAGCUUUAGAAGAGUUGAAAAAUAGUUCUUUGGAAGAUCAGAGUAUGCCAACGCCAGAGAUGAAUGGGAAGCGCGAUGCCAUGAUGUUUACCACCAAACACUUGGAUUUUGGGAGAGUUCCAAACUCUUCUGGAUUACCGAAAUCUAUGUCUAAGGAUACGAGUGUGGUUACCAGUUCUAUUAAUGGUAUUGAAACUGCAGAACUAGAUCCCGCGAGGGCAGGAAGUUGGACACCUCAACAGGUGACAGCGUAUUUUAUCUCUCAAGGAUUUGACGUCCAGUCGGCUACGAGGUUUCAACAACAUAGAAUUUCAGGAGCGAUCCUAUUAGAGUUAGAAUUAGCUCAUUUGAAAGAACUUGAGAUUAGUUCUUUUGGUACCCGGUUUGAAAUUUACAAAGAGAUCGAGGCUCUUAGGGAGCAAGUGAAUAUACCCAACAGAUCUGGCACGAAGCAACCACGCCCUAAAUCUAUGAUCGCUGGUACUAAUUCGGCUGCUGCCACUCCUGCUUCAACUGCUGAUACUAACAACGCCAACGAUAAAACGAAGGGUUUAACACCCCCAGUAUUCUUUAAUGGAGGACCGACAUACAGGGGCCACGUUAAAAAGGCUUCCCAAUCGCUAGAUGAUAUUCAGAAUACGUUUGAAGAGCAUCAAAAUGACGACGUUAGGUUACCUAAACAUAAGCCUACAUCUUUUGGAAAUGAGUUUAAUAGUGCAAUACCCUCUUCUCCAAUGGGUGAAACAGAUAUUGUAACUUCACAGCUGUUCACAUCACCAAGAAGGGCUCCGAAACCCCCAUCUUAUCCAAGCCCUGUGGCGCCACCUAAAUCACCUAUCGGUAAUAUGACUGUUGCACAUUCUGGUGUAGGUUACUCACCACCAACCAUAUUUGAAAAGAAUGCAUCUAGUGUCGAAAGUAACUACAGCAAUUCGAACAAUAAAGGAACGGAUUCGUUAAAUGCAGCACAAGAGGACUUGAACGCAGUGCCAGACUCUUUUAAUGAAAGUCCUAGUACAUUGGAUGGACAAGGAGAUAUCUUUACAGCUGGUCCCAAGUUUUCAUUUCCAGGUGAACAGCAUAUCUCUCCACAAGAGAGAUCGUUACCCAACGGUAACAGUAGGAUGGGACUUGGAUUGGCUGUGGAUACUUCAGGCUCAGUUAACUCACCACGUUCUGCGGAUCUCUGGAGUAACUCAGAUCCAUUUUCAAAUAGGAAACCUUUAACGGGCAACAGCAACAAUAACAACAAUAACAAUAACAAUAACAAUAACAACAGCAAGACAGCGUUGUCUCCAACAGGUGCCCAUAAGAACAGUCUUUCUGGCGCUUCGUUUAUGGAUCUACUCAAUAAGGUUUCUCAUAAAAACCCUAGCUAUGAAGACGUUGAAGAAGAACAAACUUCCAACUAUACGGGUGAACCCCUUGGUAGGCCGACUUCUAGUGUCUACAAUACCCAUUCAAGGAAUCCAUCCUUAGCUCAAGGUCCUUCUGGUCCGGCUUCGUCAGGCUAUUUUGAUUCAAGAAGAGAUUCUGUACCGCUUUCAUAUUUUUCUGCCAAAGAAGAUGAUGAUAGUUCUUCAACUCCUGUGAAUCCCUCUGUGGGAGUUUUCCCAUCAAAGGGCAAAGGUAUCAGCGGUUACGGAACUUCUGUACCUCCAAGGCAAGCUGUCGAUGAUGGUUCUCAAAUAACGCCUGUAGAGUUUCCUCGUAAUUCUCAGUCAGCGGUUAAUACACCCGUAGUAGCCCGUCCGAUAUCACCAAUAAAACCAAAGAGUGCAAAGACAGAAGAUAAGAGGAGAUCUGCAAGUGCCAAGGCUUCCUUUUCUCCAAACAGCAAACAGAAGGGUGUAGUCUUAGAAGAUGAUAAAAAGAAGAGGUCAGUAAGCGAAGCUGUCAAAGGUACCGCCAUGCGUGGUAAGAAUAGCAAGGGUUCGUCCAAGAAGAGACAAACAUCGGCAUUCAUGGAAGGUAUUAGAAAUAUCACCGUGGAAGAAGCCAUUAUGGAUGCUGACUGUUCGGGUUGGAUGAGCAAAAAAGGAAGUGGUACUAUGGGUACUUGGAAAACCAGAUUUUUUACCUUACAUGGUACUCGUUUGUCUUAUUUUGCCAGCACAAGCGACACUAGAGAACGUGGAUUAAUCGAUAUUACUGCACACUGUGUAGUACCGGCAAAAGAGGAUGAUAAAUUGGUUUCACUCUAUGCUGCAAGUACAGGUAAAGGUCGCUUUUGCUUCAAAUUGAUACCGCCUCAUCCUGGUUCUAAAAAAGGGUUAACGUUCACUCAACCUCGGGUUCAUUAUUUCGCAGUUGAUAAUAGGGAUGAUAUGAGAGCUUGGAUGGCUGCUUUGAUUAAAACAACCAUUGAUAUUGAUACCUCAGUUCCAGUUAUAAGUUCUUGUACCACUACGACUGUUUCAUUGGAUAAAGCUCAAGAGAUGCUUUCAAAAGCGCGUGAAGAAACGAGGUUGAGAGAGCAGCAGUAUAUGAACGAAGAAGAUGAGGAUCAAUUGCUUUGGGAAAGGGAACAAGGAAAUAAGGAUAAUAACGAAGAAGAUGCACCAGGGUCUGCUACGACAAAUCCAUCGUCUAACGGCAGUACCACUAUGGCUUCCAAUGGGUUUGCUAGUCCCUAUUUGUUAGCUUCAGGUGUAUUGUCACCUAGUGUACACCGUUCAGGGACCGGUAAGUCUGGGAAAUUUAAAGAAAAUACGCCGGAAAAGACGAGGCCAUCGGAAGCUUAUGUUGGGGCAGAACGUAACUGA